GCCUCGGCGGGCCGCGUCGGGCGAUGGCGCUGCGCCUGGUCUGCGACUUCGACCUCCGGAAGGACGUGCUCCCGGGGCUGCGGGCGCGGCGGGCGGCGUCGUUGGCCUCGGGGGCCCGAGGCGGCGGCCCAGGUAUUUUAGAAGAUAAUUAUGAGAGCUUACGUAUACUGAAUGUUGAAAGAAAUGGAAAUAUUAUUUAUACCUAUAAGGAUGAUAAGGGAAAUGUUGCCUUUGGAUUAUAUGACUGCCGAACCAGACAAAAUGAGCAUCUCUAUACAUUUGAGAAAGACUUGCAUGUCAUCAGUUGCUCUAUCAACAGUGAGAGAACUUUGCUUGCUGCAAGUUUAGUUCAUUCUGCUAAAGAAGGAAGAAAGAAUGAGCUUCAACCAGGAUCAAAGUGCUUAACUUUGUUGGUUGAAAUCCACCCUGUUAACAAUGUGAAGGUUCUAAAAGCGGUGGAUAGCUCUAUUUGGGUGCAGUUUCUCUACCCCCAAGUGGAAAGUCACCCUCCUCCAGAGAACCAUCUGUUACUGAUUUCAGAAGAGAAAUAUAUUGAAAAAUUUCAUAUCCACGUCAUCCAAGAAGACGGAAAUAAAGUGGUACUUAGAGACUCUGGCCAUCUCCCAAGAGAGAGAGUAGCUGAGGAUUUUGUUUGGGCUCAAUGGGAUAUGUCAGAGCAGAGAUUAUACUACAUUGUCCUGAAGAAAUCAAGGAGUAUCUUAAAAUGCAUCCAGUUUUCUGCUAACGAGAAGUUUAACUUAAUGUUUGAAGCACCCUUGGAUAUAACAUUAAGUGCCUCGGGAUUUGAACUUGUAAACUUUGGAUGUGAUGAUCUUCAAGACCAAGGGAACCUAUCCAAACACCUGACCCUGUGCGUUUUUACCAACCAUACAGGAAGUUUGUGUGUAUGUUACAGUCCGAAGUUUGACUCUUGGGAAAAAAUCACGUAUUCAGUGUUUUACUUUCAUAAAGGGCACAGCAAGACCUUCACUGCUGCUCUUGGGAGUGUUGACUCACUUGUGACUAAGGGCCUUACUUUUCUCAACCUUGACUAUUAUGUGGCUGUUUACUUACCUGGUCAUUUCUUUCAUCUGCUCAACAUUCAGCAUCCAGACCUGAUCUGCCACAGUUUGUUUCUGACAGGAAACAAUGAAGUGGUUGAUAUGCUACCUCAUAGUCCUUUACAGUCACUCUCAGGGUCCCUGGUACUGGAUUGGUGUUCUGGAAAGCUCUAUAGGGCACUCCUCAACCAGUCCUAUUUAUUACAGUUCCUAUGGAACACUCAGCUAGACUGUGAGAAGAUGGCCGUGUUGCACUGUGUGCUCUCCUGUGGCCGAGACCCCCGGUUCCUGGAAGCCAAGAUUAUUCAGUGGAUUUCUGAGAACAUCUCCACCUGCCAUUCAUUUGACCUCAUUCAGGAAUUUAUAAUUGCUUCUUCAUAUUGGAGCAUAUAUCCAGAGACAAGUAACAUAGAUAAACUUUUGCCGUAUUCCUCAGUGCUCACUUGGAAUACAGAAAUUCCUGGAAUAACCCUUGUGACAGAAGAGAUCACAUUGCCUUUCAUGAAGGUCCACAGCUUUAAGGGCUACUGGGAAAAACUGAACUCCAACCUGGAAUAUGUUAAGUGCUCCAAACCAUGCUUGCUCUAUAACAACAGCAUGGUCAAGAGAGAAUGGCACAGCCUGAUCUCAGAAGAGAAAACCGGAAGAAGAAGGUCCAUGGUAUAUGUGAGGAAUAUUUUUGAUAAUGCAAUGAAGGUGAUUUCUAACCUAGAAGCAAGGAAUUUGGAGCCAAGAUUAACACCCCUCUUCCAGGAGGAAGACUAUCACCAGAGGCUGCUUAUAGGGCUGAUGGUGUCUGAGCUAAGAGAGCAUCUCCUGAGACACCUACAGGGUAGAAAGAAGAAAAUUGAACAGAUGGUUCUGGACUACAUUUCAAAACUGCUGGAUCUCAUUUGCCAAAUACUAGAAACCAGCUGGAGGACACAUCAUCUUCACCCCUGGGUUCUCCACUUCAGGCGGGCCAGUGCUGCUGAAUUUACAGUCUUUCACAUCAUGACCAGGAUUCUGGAAGCUACCAUGAGUUUGUUUUUACCUCUGCCUCCUGGUUUUCAUACUCUGCACACGAUCCUUGGCGUCCACUGUCUCCCUUUGCAUAACCUGCUGCAUUACAUUGACAGUGGGGUGUUGCUGCUCACUGAAACAGCUGUCAUACGGCUCAUGAAAGAUCUGGACAAUUCCGAGAACAAUGAAAAACUAAAAUUCAGCAUCAUUGUGCGGCUUCCCCCGCAUAUUGGUCAGAAGAUCUGUCGACUUUGGGAUCAUCCUAUGAGUUCUAACAUCAUUUCGCGGAACCAUGUGAAGCAACUGCUGCUGAACUAUAAGAAACAGCCUCAGAGUUCUAUGAUUGACAAGUCACCAGGCAGUGUGGAGUUUCUGCCUCUGAACUACUUCAUUGAAAUACUGACAGAUAUAGAAUCUUCCAAUCAAGCUCUGUAUGCUUUUGAAGGACAUGACAACGUGGAUGCAAAAUUUGUGGAGGAAGCAGCUCUGAAACACACCACAAUGCUUUUAGGCUUAUAAAAGAGAAAAUGCAAUUAUAUCAGCUUCCAGUAUUUUAAUCUUGCUCAUCACCUUGACUUCUGUUGAGACUCCUUUACCAAUAUUUAAAAUUGGUAACCAAAAUCAGAAUACAUUGUUGAACCAUCUGAAUUUCAGUUUGGUACUUGUUCAGAGAGAACUAAACUGCUGUACCUCAUCCCAGUUUUGAAGAGCAGACGAGCAGUCAAGUGUAGAGGAGUGACAAAACAGUCUCAGAAGCAUGGACUGUCUCAGUGAGGACCCAGUGGCUUAUCUUCCUAAUGAUUUCAUAGGCCAACAGCUAGUUUGUAUUGCACUCUGAAAUAAAAUGUGCUUUAAAAAAUGCAGGGAACAGUGCUUAGAAAAACAAAAACGAGAUGUGUCGCGGAAGAUAACGUACGACAAGUAGAAAAAUGAAAUGUUACAUAAGAACUGUAUUUGGAAAGAGGAUGCUUUCUAAAGAACUGAAUUUGGACCAGGUCAACUCUGCUAUUUCCAGUGUGGAAUGCUUUGUAACAUACAGCAGCGUGUACAUACAGUUCUGAGAGUGGGCUUUGUCUUUGUGAUGGUUCAGAUGGAACUUUAUUUAAUAUGUUAAAGUUUUUUGUAUUUAUAAAAGUUUGAUUUGGUAAUAUCUUGUCAUUAAAAAAAAAAAAAAAAA